AUGGGCCGCUCGUCCAAGGACAAACGCGACAUUUACUACAGGCUGGCCAGGGGCGGCUGGAGAGCGCGCAGCGCCUUCAAACUGCUGCAGCUGGAGCAGCGAUUCCAGCUCUUCCAGGGGGUGCGCCGUGCCGUCGAUCUCUGCGCUGCCCCCGGGAGCUGGAGCCAAGUGCUGAGCCGGCACCUCAGGGCCCCCCCCGGCCCCCCCGCCCCGAUCGUGGCCGUGGAUCUGCAGGCGAUGGCCCCGCUGCCAGGGGUGCUGCAGAUCCAGGGGGACAUCACCAAGGCCUCCACGGCCCAGCAGAUCCAGCGCCACUUUGAGGGGCACCCUGCUGACCUGGUGGUGUGUGAUGGAGCCCCUGACGUGACCGGCCUGCACGACCUGGACGAGUACAUCCAGGCCCAGCUGCUGCUGGCUGCUCUCAACAUCACCACGCACGUGCUGAGGAAAGGCGGCACCUUCGUGGCUAAGGUGAAUUUUCAGAGCAAGGACGUGACCCUGCUCUACUCCCAGCUGCGCCUCUUCUUCCCCGACGUCACCUGCGCCAAACCCCGCAGCAGCCGCAACUCCAGCAUCGAGGCUUUCGUGGUGUGCCGUGGGUAGCCCCCCGAGGGGUUCGUGCCCUGCGCGGAGAACGCGCUGCUGGAGCCGGGUGCUGGCCUGGCCCUGUCCCCCCUCCCGGGCCCCUCCCGGGCCAUCGCUCCCUUCGUGGCCUGCGGGGACCUGAGCGGGUUCGACCCCGACCGCACCUACCCCCUGCAGCUGGACCCAGCCCAGCCCUACAGCUACGUGCCCCCCCCCGCCCCUCCCAUCGCCCCCCCCUACGCCAGAGCCUGCAGCCUGCGGCGGGGGAGGGGCAGAGGGGGG